AUGCACAUGACACUUACUGAAAGCAUUUUGUUUACAUCCUCCCGCUUUCUUCUCCUCUAUCUCCCUAAACAGCCGGAGUUGUCUGGAGCCGCCGUCCUGCACCAGACUCGGAGGGACCAGGUCGUUGAUUCCUGUCGAGCCUACAGCGCGUCCAGCCGUAAGCGAAGAGUCCUGACUCCCGCAGACCUCAAACACCUCGUGGUGGACGAGGACCACGAGCUCAUCUACUGCUACGUCCCCAAGGUGGCCUGUACCAACUGGAAACGCGUCAUGAUGGUGCUCACCGGACGAGGAAAAUACAGCGACCCGAUGGAAAUCCCGUCCAACGAAGCCCACAUCCCUUCCAACCUGAAGACGCUGAACCAGUACAGUAUCUCCGAGAUCAACCACCGCCUCAAGAACUACCUCAAGUUCCUCUUCGUCCGCGAGCCCUUCGAGAGGCUGGUCUCCGCGUACCGCAACAAGUUCACCCUCAAGUACAACUCGUCCUUUCACAAGCGUUUCGGCACCCGUAUCAUCCGGCGCUACCGCAAGAACGCGACCCAGGAAGCCCUCGUCAACGGUGCCGAUGUGAAGUUCAAAGAGUUUGCCGAGUACCUGGUGGAUCCGGCGACUCAGCGCGACGGCCCUCUGAACGAGCACUGGCAGACGGUCUACCAGCUGUGCCACCCGUGCCACAUCCACUACGACAUGGUGGGGAAGUACGACACUCUGGAGGAAGAUGCUAACUACGUGCUAAGGCUUGUGGGUGUCGGCGAUUCCUUGCGUUUCCCGAGUUACGCCAAAUCCACUCGCACCACGGACGCCAUGACGGCACAGUUCUUCAGCAAUAUCAGCACUCAGCAGCAGAUCCAACUCUACCAGCUCUACAAGUUGGACUUCCUCAUGUACAACUACACCACACCUAGCUACCUGCGGAUGGACUAAUGGAGGACGGAGACUCUGAGAACUGAUGCCUCGAUUAAGGAGAGGCAAACGAAAAGAGUGGAGGCAAACUUGAUUUUUUUGUAAAACUUGUCGUACCUUGCAGGGUCUGAAAUAGACGUACAAACAGGUGUUGAAAGAAAGAAAGAAAGAAAGAAAGAAAGGUAAUGCGUGCUAGUCUGGGCAUAACUUUGAGGAUUGUCCAGUCAACUGAUUCGAUGUGAGUGUGGGCAAAAUGGAUCAAAUGCAUGCAAAGACUUUAAAUGUGUGGGUGAAGCAGGUCUUCAAGGUGUUUUUAAAAGGGGUCUCGUACUCUCAGAGGACGGACCUAAAGAGGCACUCUCCUCAUGAUACAUGUUUAAACAAACUGCUGACUAAUUAGGCUGCUUCAGAUUCUACAAGGCAAAACAGUGGCCUCGCACGCGCCCUGACCCCAAUGCAUCGUGGGAGCCAAGCUUGUCUCCCCUCUGUCCCCCCGAUCAAUAGAGAAACUCCGUCAAAUUGUAAAACACAAUUCAUGUCCUUCGCUCCAAUGCCAGUCGCUCCUGCCCAUUCAAACACUUCAGAGGGACACCGGCUCAAGGACACCCUGUAAUAUAUGACUCCACGUCCAAGACCCUCUACAGCUGGAGCAUCACGGCCUUCAGACAACAAUCAGACCAUCACGGUAUCAUUACGAAGUCGGUUGAAGCACCUGUUGUGUUACACCUUAAAGACCCUGAGAAAACUGAAAUGUACAGAGAGAGGAAGUGCUGAAUAAAUCAUUGCCUGUAACACCAAACAUCCUUAACACUCUGAGCUACAGGACAUGUUUAGAAAAGGUGCAGGAUGUUCUCACGUGACUUUGAGUGACUUUGCGCAGAGCUUGAAAAGAGUGUGGUAGUGAAAGGGUUAAAGAAGGCAUCUCAUCACCUGAUCAGCGGACACUUCCACAAAGCCCCUGCAAACACGUCUUUUAGUAAAUUAAGAAUAUCUUGUUGUCUUCUUGCUUAUUGUUAUUUUAUUGUAUUAUGAAGCAUUGCUGCGAGCAGCAAUAACAAUAUAUUAUUUAAUUCGCUUUUCUUAUUAAAGAGAGAAAGAUUGUAUUGCUUUUUUUUCCUGGACUGAUGAAAAUGUUAGGUCUUAAAAUGUCUUCUCUCUUCUUCUUCUUCUUCUUCUUCUUCACUACUUGCCUCAAUACAUUAUUGGUACAUUGCAGCAUUUCCAUUUUUCGAAGGGUGUAUACGGUACAUUUCCAUGGCUUUGUCCUUCUGUGUCUGAAACCAUCAGAUUUUUGACUUCUUUCCCAUUUCCUCUUGUCAAACAUUUGGUGCCAAAAUGCCUGCCAGAGCCUCAGAGAUCCACACUCAGUGUUCAGGACACAUCUUUGAAGUUGAGCAAAUUCAUAAGUCUAUCCUCCUUGACCACAACAUGAGACUCGCUGUUGUACUUUGUAAACAUAUCGAGAAUCUAAUGCCCCCAUCUCAGAGUCAGAGACUGUAUCUCAUAGUGUAAUGUAAUUAAUGAUAGUGAUGUCAAGGUCAAUAACUGCACUCUCUAUCCCGCGCUGAAUUGUACAGCAGAGAGAUAGAGAUAGGGAAAGAGAGACAGUAUUUUAUUCAAACCUCGUUGUGAAUUAUAAACCACUCCAGCUUCAAGGUAAACAUUUUUGAACAAGAAAUAUGAUUUUCUCAUGCAGUCUGUUAGUCUGGUUAUUUAUAAGAGAAAUUCCUUGAGUUUUAUUUAUAGUGUUGUCCAUCAUUCCUGCUGGUAUUGAUUUGAUUCACCAGAUUCUGAGUAGAGAUGUUGCUGAUGCUGUUAUACUGCAUAUGUCUGGAUUACAAGACGGCAGGUAUUACUAAUGGAUCAAGUAAAAUGAGUCUGGUUUUAUUUUUACUUAUUUUAAAGCCCAGUGAAGUCUAGACACCAUCGAUUCCACCGCACAAUAUCACACAUUUUUUAUCAGAGGUCCCUACAUCUGCAUAACAUCAAUUUAGAUAUUCAGUUUUGAGUGUACACAAAAGGCAGGAAUAGCAGUAGAAAAACAAUGUAAAAAGCCAGAAUUAUGAUUGUAUGUAUAUUAAGUACAUAAUCUUCAUCAGUGUUAACAUUUAAAGGUGUAAUGAGUUAAAGAGCCUUGAAUCCUGUUAUCAACAUUUAGUUGUAAGAUCUUCGAUUGUUCAGCAAAUACAUUCUGCAUAAUCCUAAAUCAUCAAAGGGGUCUUACAGUCUAUAGUACGUAAAAAUAAUGGACAGUUGACCUUGAGUUUUGCAAUUCUGGGUCAACUUCUUCAUUUUCUUGUCUUUAAAAUGAAGCUGGUAAAAUGUACAUGAUUAAUUGACACAUUAUUCUUCACAUUUUAGCUGUAAACCCUUCCUUGUAACUGUAUUAUUGCUGUAGUGUGUAUGUAUGCCAGUGUAAGGGGGGUGUAAUGAGAGAACGGGCCUUAUUUCUUUGUUUUUGUUUGCCCCCACACACACAGACAUCUGGCUCUAAUAAAGGAGAAAAGCUACCGUUACCCGUGCACAAACAAUGGCUGUAUUCUCAGCACGGCUUCCACAAAAACACACACAUUCAGCUUUCACAUUAGCGCUCCUGCUGAUGUUGAUGCCACGCAGCAUCUUACUCAGCAGUUACACCUCUGCACUUUAACACACUGACUGAGCCUCAGCCUAAACUGCUCAUUUAGCCCCGAGAAAGGAAGACAAACGAUACAGAAAGGACCUCUUAGGCCUCGCUAUUUUCUCCUCUUACACCCCAAACCCAAAAAUUGCCUACUGCAUAUAAAAAAGUGAGUCAGUGGUGGACAAAAACAAACAGCCACAUUUGUUUUGUGGCUAUUCUUAACUCCCAGCUGUGUAUAUACAACGGGUAUAAUUAUGUUGUUUUCGGACGAUGUCCAAUGUUGGACUGAAUUGCAGGAAUACUAAAGCUUCUUAACAUAUCCGAGGGAGGUUAUUCAAGGAUGUGAUGUGUACUUUUAUUUAUUAUUUAUACAGACAGAAACAUUUGAUAUACAACAAAGAAUAGUGUCAUGAACGGUUAAUAUCAAUACCAAAUAAAGGGGUGGUUUGAUAACAUGGGAAAUAUGCUAAUUUGCUAUGCGCUAGCAGCUAGCAGCAUGUUAAAAAUACUGAUGUGUAGCAGCUAACAUGCUAAGAGUGGUCACCAUCAUAGGGUGUAAGCAUGCUAACAUUUAUUGAUUAGCACUAAACACAAAGUGCAGCAGAGGCUCAUGGGAAAAAAAGAGUUGAGCAGAUUGAAUUUUCCCGCCUUUUUCUUCUGUUUUUAAGCUAAGCUACGUGGCUGCUAACUGUGUGGUAUUCAAAUAAGUAUAUUUCCCACCCUCUCCCUUAAAGGCCGAAGAGGCAUUGGAGUACAAACUAAAGGUUUGUAAAGGUUUUUAUUUUGACACCAAAACAUAUUUCAGCAUCUAUUUAACCAAUAAUAUAACCUUUCAUCAGCAUAGAGGGACGAAGCCGGGUUUUUAUUUUGUUUCUCCUUCUCUUCCUGUUUCACUUAUUUAUCUACAGCUCAAAUGCAUUUUUUUUGUGUACAGUGUAAACAUGAUGUCCUUCAUUCUGCUGUUGUUUUUAAGCCGUCAUGUUCAGUUCACCUUGGCCUUCCUCCUUACACACACACACUCUCUCUCUCUCUCAC